AUGUCUAGACUCAGAAGGUUCAACAAGGGCGUAUUGGACAAAGUACAUGGCAACAGCAAUUACGACGACGACGAUGGCGAAAUUCCAAUCCAUCCAAUGGACGUAGAAGAACAGGAAGAGUUCAUCGGUAACUUGGAACUUCGGAAUAAUGCAAGCAAUAAUCGAACUGUGCAAAUCUUGAGCGUGGCAUAUGUCAUAUGUUGCGGGGUGUUUCUGUCGCUGUUGGUGAGGGUCAAAAAGCUGGGUAAAGACAACGGAACCUCAAAUUCAACCCACAAGCGACUGUUUUUGUUUGCAAUCAAUUCGAUUAUCUGUUCGUUGAUCACCUUGAGGUACGAAAUCAUCAAGGAUGUGUCGAUUUCGCGAGCUGUAGGGGUACGAGUGAACAAUGCUAGGAUUAACGCCGUGAACUGUACCCUGCUGUUGCUGAUAUCGUGGGAAGUGGUGGACAAAGUGGAAAAAGCGACUAUGCAAGCCCUGUUUCACGUUCCCUUGGUGUUGUUUGUGCUGUCACAGGUGAGCAAACGAUGGAUGAACCAGUUGCAAAUGGAGAUCAGCAGUUUGCGUGGUCUGAAGUACAAAUACAAGAAUGUUUGA